AUGAAUGAGAAGUCUUUUGCCGCACAUCUCGAGCGAUGGACGGCGGAAAGCUCCAGGCCUCACGCCGACAACAGCCCAUACACCAUUCCUGUGUUCAUUCAACUAAUCCCGAAAUCUCAGGCUCAAGACAUGUUUGAAGUUGCCUUUGACGAGAUCAACUAUACUAUCCCUCUAUUUGAUGUGCCUAUCCUGACAAGCCUCCUCGAAGAGCACUACGCAGACCCUGAUCCUUCUCCCGGAAAGAACCCUCCACGUUGGGCUAUGAUCAACAUUGCUUUAGCAGUCGCGUUUCAAUCUCGCGCAUCCUCAUGCUCACAAUCUGAGAUGGCAAAACUUUCGUGGGCUUUUUUCAAGAACGCAUUCAGCAUGUAUCCUACAAUUGUUCUCCGAGGAGAUGGCGUUUUGGCAGUUGAGGCACUUCUCGCUAUGGCCGUAUUUACACAGGGAACAAACGACACCCGUACAAAUUCCACUCUUGUUUCCGCGUCUGCACGUCUGUCGCUGACAAUUGGACUGCACCAAAAGUCAUACUAUUCUCAUCUCGAUGCGGUUACUGCGAAUCGUUGCAUGCGAGCCUUUUGGAUGUCUUAUGUUCUUGACAAAGACGUUGAAACUUCGACAGGGAUACCCUCAAUAUAUGAUGAUAGUGUGACCGGUCUCCCCUAUACCGACAUUAUUGCAGUCAGCCCUUCGAGUUUUGACACCAGUACUGAUUUACCUUCACUGCUUUUCCGAUCACGAGUCGGGUUAGCCGUAAUAAUAUCUGAUAUCAAAAUGCGUCUUGUCAAUGGAUUGUCGCGCAAUGAAAGUUACCCGCAGGUCUUAGGAGAGGUGGUUGAGCUCGAUCGUCGCCUAAAGGUCUGGAAGGAAGGAUUACCAUCAAGCAUUCACCCUGAUCAUGUCAAUUGGUCAAAAAUACCGCUAGCGGCGAAAGAGUCUAUCUUGAUACUUUAUUUUGUAUACUAUCAAGCUCUCAUUUCGACUCACAAUUUUGCGGCAAGCCUUGAACCAAAUGGAGCGAUUUCACAGGCUAUAUCAUCAAAAGACAUUCAAGCGUCAGCUGCCUCGCAGAUCAUUAAAAUGUUGCAUUAUUUGCCUCCUCAGCAACCAGGACGUCUUUGGUAA